AACCCCAAGUGCCCGCACCAGUCCCGGUGUUCAAGAUGUCAUUGAAGGUGCAGACAAGCAACAUCACGAACAAGAAUGACCCCAAGUCCAUCAACUCCAGAGUCUUCAUCGGCAAUCUCAACACAGCCGUGGUCAAGAAGUCAGAUGUGGAGACCAUUUUCUCCAAGUACGGCCGAGUGGUGGGCUGCUCCGUUCACAAGGGCUACGCCUUCGUACAGUACUCCAACGAGAGGCACGCGCGUGCUGCUGUCCUGGGCGAGAAUGGGCGUGUGCUUGCUGGCCAGACGCUUGAUAUCAACAUGGCCGGGGAACCUAAACCCAACAGACCUAAAGGGCUGAAGAGAGCAGCCUCCGCAUUGUACAGCGGCUACGACUUCGACUAUGACUAUUACAGAGACGACUUCUACGACAGGCUCUUCGAGUACCGGGGCCGAGUCUCUCCAGUGCCCAGGGUGGUUCCUGUGAAGCGGCCGCGGGUCACCAUCCCCCUCGUCCGGCGCGUGAAGGCGACGCUCCCCGUCAAGCUCUUCGCCAGAUCGGCCGCCAUCGCCAACAGCUCGGCCAAGCUGAAGCUGAAGUGCAGCGAGCUGCAAACAAUCAAAACUGAGCUGACACAGAUCAAAUCCAACAUUGAUGCUCUCCUGGGCCGACUGGAGCAGAUCGCUGAAGAACAGAAGCUGUCCGCAGAGGUACGGAAGAAGACGGAUGGCAGCAAAAGCGAAAUCUCGCAGGAAGACACGGCAUCAGAGGCAGAGGUCAACACAGAGGAGCCGCUGAACGGGGACGAGGGUGAGGAAGAGGGUCUCGCACGGGAUGAGUGUGAAGAUGAACUGGAGAACAGCCAUUACACAGAUGUGGAGGAUGCCAGGCUACAGUAA